CAGCAGCAAGAGCAGGUCAGACGGGACACGAGCAGAGGCUCUUGUUAAGUUAUACACAGCUAGAUCAAAUCAAAGCGAGCCACUAUCCGCAUCAAAAUGGACUGGUGUACGGGCAAACUAACGUGAAAACAUCCUAGGGUCCACUGGAUGAUCUGAAGUGUUUAAUCUCGAAGCUUUUGCAUUGAAGCACAAUGUAUACGUUUGACAGCCGUGCGUAACAUUUCGCCCGGUCUGACUGUGACAGAGGACAUAAUGACGGCUGUGCGCGGAAAUCUUUCUCAAACAGCAGGUGCCUCGGGACAAAAGGACAGCGGGCAAACUGAACCCGUAAGCGGGGAGAUCCCUUUCUCGUCGCCCGCGGAGCUGAGCCAGGACCCCGCGUCCUGCACCGGGGAACUGACGCGCACGUGGCUGCAGUUCGCCAAGACCUUCGUCAUUAUCUUCCCCAUAUAUGUCUUGGGGUAUUUUGAGUUCAGUUUCAGUUGGCUCUUAAUCGCACUCUCGAUAUUUUUCUUUUGGAAGAGAAACACGAGGUGUAAGAACACUAGGCUGAAUAGAGCACUUUCUUUUUUGGAAGAAGAGGACACGGUUAAACAGGAGCUGGAGGCAACUGAGUUACCCUCAUGGGUUCAUUAUCCAGAUGUGGAGCGAGUUGAGUGGCUAAAUAAGACAGUGAAACAGAUGUGGCCUUACGUGUGUCAGUUUGUGGAGAAGCUGUUUAAAGAAACAAUCGAGCCAUCGAUCAAAGAAGCCAGUGCCCACCUCAGUACGUUCAGCUUCACCAAGAUUGAUCUUGGAGAUCAGCCUCUCAGAAUCAAUGGGGUCAAAGUUUACUCUGAGAACGUGGACAGACGGCAGAUCAUCAUGGAUCUUCAGAUCAGCUAUGUUGGAAAUACUGAAAUCGAUGUGGAUGUCAAAAGGUACUACUGUAGAGCAGGGAUCAAAAGUAUACAGUUACAUGGAGUUCUGCGGGUGAUUCUUGAGCCACUUUUGGGGAAUAUGCCGCUGGUUGGUGCUCUUUCCCUCUUCUUCCUAAAGAAGCCACUUUUGGACAUAAACUGGACAGGCCUCACUAAUAUAUUGGACAUUCCAGGGCUUAAUGGCUUUUCAGACCACAUGAUCCAGGAUAUUAUCAGCACUUACAUGGUGUUGCCUAACAGGAUCACUGUACCACUAAUAGGUGAGGUUGAACUGGCACAGCUCCGUUUCCCCAUGCCAAAGGGAGUUCUAAGGAUUCAUUUUCUUGAAGCUCAGAAUCUGGAAGUUAAGGACACCUAUCUCGGCGGGCUGAUCAAAGGCAAGUCUGACCCCUAUGGCAUGCUGCUGGUCAGCAACCAGCUCUUUAGAAGCAAGACCAUCAAAGAAUGUCUGCACCCAAAAUGGAAUGAGGUGUAUGAGGCACUAGUAUAUGAACAUUCCGGACAACAUCUGGAAAUUGAGCUCUUUGAUGAAGACCCAGAUAAAGAUGACUUCUUGGGCAGUCUAAUGAUCGACUUGAGUGAGCUUCAUAAAGAACAGAAAGUUGACGAGUGGUUUGACUUGGAAGAAGUUACUACAGGCAAACUUCAUCUCAGAUUAGAGUGGCUGUCAUUGUACCCGAGUGCUGAGAAACUAGAUCAAGUAUUAUGGAGCAUAAGGGCCAAUGACAAUCUUUCCUCAACUCUGCUAGUUGUUUACCUGGACUCUGCCAGUAAUUUGCCGACCAAUUCUCUUGACUUUAACCCUGAUGGCCCCAAUCCCCCUUAUAAAGGCCCGAAGCAGUCUGGGAAGAAAGUGAGCAUAGAUCCAAAUCCUUUUGUCAAACUGACUGUAGGACAAAAGAUGUACACCAGCAAGGUAAGAUAUAAAACCAGCGAGCCGCUAUGGGAAGAGGCUUUUCACUUCCUUAUCAAGAACCCACACACAGAGGAACUGGAAAUUGAGGUGAAGGAUAGUAAGCACAAGUGCUCUUUGGGUAGUAUGCGGGUGGCACUUGGUUCUCUCCUGAAGGAGGUGGAUAUGACGCUGAAUCAGCAGUUCCCCCUGCAGAACUCUGGCCCCAACAGCACCAUCAAACUCAAAAUGGCUCUCAGGGUCCUUGGUUUAGAGAAGGAGGUCACAUGCAGCCAGCCGUCGUCUGUCCGAGUCAGACACACUAGUCAAAAUAGCACUUGCAUGUCUCCACAACCUCAAGCAGCUACUAGCACCAGCAACUCCACAGUCAUCCAGCCGUCACACAACCCGUCUUGUACCCUUGCACCAGACACCCCUCAAGGGAAAAGAGGAUUGGAUGGCUCCCCGGUGCGGAUAGCAGAGGCAGGCCACAGCGUCUCCAGUCUGGAGAUAAGCAGCUUGCAGAAGCAUCAGUCUCACAGAGACUCUAUGCCUAGUCUGGCCUCUGACAUCUCGCUGCCCUCUGCCACUCUGGAACUGCAGCACAGGUUACAGCAGCCACAGAACGGGUCUGGGCUGAGCCAGUAUCUGCUCGGUGAAGUCCAGCUCACUAUCCGACACAGCUCACAAAGGAAUAAACUUAUUGUAGUGGUUCAUGCCUGCAGAAACCUCACAGCACUGACUAAAGAUGGUUUAGACCCAUACAUCCGCCUAUACCUGUUACCAGACAAGAGCCACAGUGGCCGCAGAAAAACCAGCACUCUCAAGAAGACGCUCAAUCCUACCUAUGACCAGUUCUUUGAGUUCAGCGUGUCAAUAGUGGAACUGCACAGGAGGACAUUGGAUGUUGCUGUCAAGAAUGGAGGAGGACUGUUGUCUAAACACAAAGUACUACUGGGCAAGGCAGUUGUGGACUUGGCAAGUGAAGACAUUUCUAAAGGAUGGACUCGAUGGUAUCAUCUGACUGAGGAUGGAUCGAAGAAGAUAAUUCAGACGUAGUGGUUCAUGCUAGACAGCAGAAAUGAAUGGAACAGCAGAUAACUGGGACAUGUCAUGGCAUGCACAGGAUUGAAGCUUUAGUAGCAGAAGAGCAGCGCUGGACUAUCUAAACCAGGCUAAUUCUGCUGGGAUUUACACUGGCCUACAAAGUGUCUCUCUCAUUCUCAUCAAAGCUAAAAUUGCCACCUGGUCCGCUUACUCUCUCUUUCUCAAAGGAUUCAAUCUAAUUGUCUUUUUUGUUUUGUCUGCUUGUUUUUGUUUAAUUCAUCUUAUUGGUUUUUGGACAAAUAAUUUCACUUUUUUUUACCCGAUAAAAAUAGUU